AUGAAGGCUUCAAUCUUUGCUUCCAUCUUCGUCGCUGCCGGCUUUGCUGCUGCUCAAUCUAUAAAUAUCUCCGAUGUCCCCACCUGUGCUCUCUCCUGCGUAAUGAGCUCAUCCCCCGACGGCUGCGGCGCUGCAGACUACGCCUGUUGGUGUAGGAGCAAUACCUGGCUCAGCUCUCUAGCCGACUGCGUUAGGCCCGCCUGCCCCAGCGAAGCCGACCAAGCCAAGCUCGUUGCCCUGGCACAGGGUCUCUGCGGUGCCUAUAGCGUCACCAUCUCAUCGGACAUCUUGGCAAGUGCUACCGCGACGCCGUCGGGGAGUAGCGGGAAUGCUUCGGCGACUACCACUCGUGCCACUUCCACCUCCACUCCCACGUCGACUGGUAGUGCUGCGUCCCAGAGCUCGAAUGCCGCAGGUCACGUUGUGGCCGGGUCAGGAUUGAUGGCGGCGGCGGCGGGUGUCGCCAUGUUUGUUUUAUAG